GAGGAAAGGAAAGGACCGUCGUCGGGAAAGCAGGAGGAUGUUUGCGGCAGUGGCAGCGAUCGUCGUGGCCAUCGUGGGAUGGCGGCUCCAUGACAUGGGCGAGUUCAAGCUGUUGAAGGACCACGGCGUUGUCAACCCACGCCAUGUCACCGGAUUCAUUGGCGUGGAAGAUCUGCAGCUCGUCAACGGCACCUUAUUCGGAUCCACGGAAGAUCGGUCGUGGCUGCGCUUGAUGCUUCCCACGUCUGUGCCUGUGGAUCAGCGGCUGACAGAGAUGCCCGAUGGUGCUCUACUCCGGCUUGAUCCCGCCUUUCUGGAGGCUGUGAAGAAUGGCAAAGUGACACAGUUCAGCGAAGACAACAAGAUGGUUUUGGAAGGCUUUUCCGGCCGUUUCCAUCCGCACGGCAUCUUUGUCCAUGAGCUGACGCGGGACGAAGCUGCCGCAUAUCCAGACAGCCCAGCCUUCCUCGUGGCAGCCAUCAACAACAAGCCUGGCGAGCGCGGUGUGGAGCUGUUUACAUGGAAGGACACGACAUCCAACACCCUCAAGCACAUUGGCACCAUCGCACACCCGCUCUUUCGCUGGCUCAACGACAUCACACUGGUGUCUGCUGGGGAGAUGUAUGCGACCAACUGGCUGUAUGAGACGCCAGGCACGUUUCCAAGUCUCAUUGAAUCCCUUGCAAAGAAGCCUGUCAACUACGUGCUUCAAUGCACAUUUAACCCAACAACAGCCGGGAACGUCGACUGCAAGAUUGUGGUGGACAAGCAGCGCAUGCCAAACGGAAUUCAGUUCCUGAGAGCCAGCAACGAGAUUGCCGUUGUCGAGUCGUUAGCGCACACCAUCACCGUGUACUCCCGCCACGACGCUGAUGGGUCGCUCAGUGUGAAGCGCGUGUUUGACACGGACUCUGCGUGCGACAACCUGGUGCCGCUACACGAUGGACGAUUGCUCUCUGGCUGCCAUCCGAAGCAGCUCACGUUUGGCUUCCACUCCGCCUUCCACACAAGCGCCCCAACACAGGUGUUGCUGCUGGACCCGUCCAAGGACGCCGACGAUGCUGCUGCUGUGCAGGAGCUGCUGUUGACUACGACGGCAAACUACAGUGCCGCAAGCGUUGCCGUGCCAACAGAUACCGGGCUGCUGGUCCUUGGAAGCGUGAACGAGGAUGGCCUGCUCGUCACCGACGCACCAAGCAACAUCCUCUGACCUGCUCGUGAACUGCAUGUAUGUGUGUGCGUGUUGUGUGUUCUUCCCUUUCUCCCGCC